AGGCGCCCCUGACGCUCCGGGACGAGGGAGCGAGCGGGCUGCGGCGAACAUGGCGCUCUGGGCUCGCCGUGCUGUUCGUGCUCUCAGGCUCUGGGGCCCGGGCCGUGAGCCGGCCUGGGCCUGCCGGCCUCGUAUCGCAGGUGGAAGGACGCCCAUAUCUUUUUCGGCUGUUGUCUCGAGUGCCUUUGGAAAUGGAGGCGACAGGAAGAAGGAGAAGCUCUUCCUACAGGACAUCGCGGAGCUGAUUCGAGCCCGGGCCUGCCAGAGGGUGGUGGUCAUGGCGGGGGCUGGCAUCAGCACAGCCAGUGGCAUCCCGGACUUCAGGUCUCCCGGGUCCGGCUUCUACAGCGCCCUGCAGCACUGGGACGUCCCCUACCCUGAGGCCGUUUUUGAGCUCUCGUUCUUCUUUGACAACCCCAGGCCCUUCUUCUCGUGGGCCAAGAACCUGCGCCCGGGGAACUUCCGGCCCAAUGCCAUCCACUACUUCCUUCGCCUGCUGCACGACAAGGGGCUGCUGCUGCGGCUCUACACGCAGAACAUCGACGGGCUCGAGCGAGCGUCGGGCAUCCCUGGCUCCAAGCUGGUCGAAGCGCACGGGUCCUUCGCCUCUGCCACCUGCACCGUCUGCGGAAAACCCUCCCCGGGGGAGGGCUUCUGGGCCGCCGUGAUGGAGGACAGGGUCCCCCGCUGCGCGGCCUGCACGGGCGUGGUGAAGCCUGACGUCGUGUUCUUCGGGGAGGCGCUGCCGGAGCGGUUUUUCCUGCACAUGGUGGACUUCCCCACUGCAGACCUGCUGCUCAUCCUCGGGACCUCCCUGAAGGUGGAGCCCUUUGCCAGCCUGUGUGAGGCCGUGCGCAGCUCAGUGCCCCGAGUGCUCAUGAACCGGGAAGCUGUGGAGUCCUGUGCCUGGCGUCCUCGCAGCAGGGACGUGGUGCAGCUGGGGGACCUGGUUGACAGCGUGGAAAGGCUGGUGGCGCUGCUGGGCUGGACGGAAGAGAUGAAGGACCUGGUCCAGCGGGAGGCUGCGAAGCUCAGUGGACAGGACAGAUAGAGGGACGCUGCGUGGAGUCUCCACCCACUUCUGAACAGACCUCGUUCCUGAAGGACAGACAGCGUGGGUGGGUUUAUACAUUUUGGCCGGGCCAGAACGUGGACUCCAGGAGCAGAGCGCGGGGCUGCCCCUGGGGCUUUCUGAGUCCGCCUCCCUCUGCUGGACGCUCAGUGCCGCCGCUUGCCCCGGACUGUGUCCCUGGCGCCCAGGCCGCGUCCACGCGCUGGGUCCUGGCGCCAUGGACCGGCGGGCUCAGCCCCGCAGCCAGCGGCCCCAGGCUGAGUGGGUGGGUCCCGAGAAGUGUGCCGGGUGCUGCCGGCUCUCCUGCUGGGUUUCUUGGUAGGGUCACUUAUAACCGUUGGUCCUCGCUUGUGACAGUGAAAUAAAUUUUACUGUAGAAAUCGGGCACCCUUUCAUUUUUGUCCCCUCAAAGGGAAGGCAGGUGCUGAC